AUGUUUGCCUUGGGCGGCACGAUCCUUAUCGCUGUGCUAAUCUGGUGCUACGUUCGACGGAAUGACAAGGCUCUCAAGGCCCAACCUGCAAAGGAGUUUGCUGCAUUCUCGCCUAAUCGGGUUACUGCCAAGGAAGUCCUGACGACAGCGGCGGAGCCCGUGGACAAGCUCACUGUGGCAGAUCAAUUACCUCCAAGAACCGGCCGCAGGUAUAUUGUCGUCGGAGGGGCUGGCUUCUUGGGUGGGUGGAUCGUGGUGCAGCUGCUAGCGAGGGGAGAGGAUCCGAAGAAGAUUAGGGUCCUUGAUUUAAAGCCCCCCCGGAGGCACGACCUUCUGACGGGGAGCGCCAAAGACGUAGACUUCAUCCAACUAGAUAUAUCAGACAAGGGCGCCGUUUAUGCGGCGUUCACCAAACCGUGGCCGGACGAGGGCCACGACGAUGUCACCAUCUUCCACACCGCGUCAAAUAUUCGCUUUUAUGAGCGCCAUCCAGCUUUACUUCAUCGCUCAGCCAAGGUCAAUGUCCAAGGAACAGAGAAUAUCAUUGGCGCUGCUAAGGCGAUCGGCGCAAACAUCUUGCUGUACACAUCGUCUGGCUCUGUUGCUGUACGGCGGUCAAGAUUCUGGCUGUGGCCAUGGGAGAGCAAGGUCCCCUUCCACUUCCAAGUUAUCGAUGACGACGAGCAUAAUCCUAUACUCCCUCGACGACACGAACAGUUCUUCUCGAAUUACGCGGCGACCAAAAUGCACGCGGAGACGCUGGUGCGCAAGGCGGACAAAACGGGCCAGCUUCGGACUGGUUGUCUUAGACCUGGCAACGGAAUAUUCGGUCCCGGGGGCGAUAUGCUCUGCGGCGCGUACCUUGUGAGGAAAGUGAACCCCACUUGGGUGCAAAAUACCUUGCAAUCCUUCGUCUACGUGGAGAACUGCGCCUUGGCGCACCUUUGCUACGAACAGCGGCUCAUUGAGCUUUCCAAUGGGUCACGCAACCCAGACAUAGGUGGUCAAGUUUUCCAUAUCGCCGAUCCUGGGGCGCCCCCUACCUACGGCGAUGUUUAUACGACGCUGGAAGUGCUUACCGAUGGCGAGACCUACUUCCCUGAAUUUUCGCCCACGGUGAUGCUCUUCAUUGCCCAUAUAGUUGAAUUGUACUACCUUGUGCAAUACUACCUCUCCACAUCCUCCUCCCCCAUUCCUCGUGCAUUCGGAAGAUUUUUGCCAACCAUCAAUGGGGAUCUAGUUAAUUUACAGCCAUCUCUCUGGGCGCUCAUGCAAGUGCAUCUGGUAUUUGACGACUCUCGCGCCCGGCUCUCCCCUGAGCAAGGUGGCUUAGGGUAUAGGGGUUCAUGGACGACGUUGGAGGCACUUCACAAGAUGGUAGCUGAGUACAAGAGCGGUGUAAGCAAGUUUGACAAUCGCUCGGACGUGGGGGGCGUCAGCUUAGGGUGGGCCAUGGGGCGUGCCCGACGCGGUAUCGGGAAAGUGGGUGACAAUAUCGUCGAGUCAUUGAAAAAUUGA